GCUUGGCUUCCUCUCGUCAGUGCCGGCGAGACAGCAGUCGUCUGGACCAUUCAGAAGAUGGCUGAAUUAAUGCCAUCCACAGCAAGCUUAGAAACAAAGUUGGAGGAGGCACAGCGUGUGGCAGAUUCAUUUGCUGAGAAGAUGUGUGAGCCGAAGGCCAUCUCGAAAGUGCGCCAGAAAAGACUGGCCAGCAGAGAGCAGUUGCGAUGCUUAGGACACAUUCUAAGUUUGCUGGACCUCAAAUUGAAAAAACCCGUGGAUGCUCUUCGGCCAGUGAGUCUCAACGAACAUGAGCAGAGAAUGCUGGAGGAUGGGGUGCCCUUUUUGUGGAACUCCGUGACAGGGGCCUCAGAGUGGGACCUUUGCGGCCCGGAAAGUGUGGAUGGAUCACUUCGUGUGGUGCUGCAGCCCGAUGAAGGGUCCCCAAUGUACUGCUGCUAUCGUUUCCUAGCCUCCCGGGGCUUCAAAAUCAAUCUGAUCCGCGAUGAAUUGUAA